AUGGGGGAUUUGGGUGAACAUGCACCGUCGAAUGGCUCCGCAAAGGAUAGCGUUCGGCGCUAUGUUGAGGAACACGGCGGUAGUAGACCAAUUCAGCGCUUAUUGGUCGCAAACAACGGAAUCGCCGCCGUAAAGUGCAUCCGAUCAAUGCGAAGAUGGGCAUACGAAGCGUUUGGUAGUGAACGAGCGCUGGAGUUUGUAGCAAUGGCCACUCCCGAGGAUGUUCAAGCCAACGCCGACUACAUUCGCCUCGCUGACCUCUUCGUUCCCGUACCUGGGGGAAGCAACAACCACAACUACGCCAACGUGGAGCUCAUCGUCGACAUCGCGGAAAGGAACGAGUGCGAUGCAGUAUGGGCGGGUUGGGGUCACGCCAGCGAGAACCCGCUGCUGCCCGCUCGCCUUGCGGAGACUGGUAUCGCAUUCCUGGGACCGGAUGCCAUUGCCAUGAGGGCGCUCGGCGACAAGAUUUCGUCAACGUUGUUAGCUCAGUCUGCGGAUGUUCCAGUCGUCAGCUGGAACGGUGAUGACUUGAAGGUAACUUUUCACCGCGAGCGCGGCGGUAUUGAUGAAGAACGCUAUCGCCGUGCCUGCGUUGCGAAUGUCGACGAGGCUCGCGCUGCUGCCGAUCGUAUUGGCUACCCAGUGAUGAUUAAAGCCAGCGAAGGAGGCGGUGGCAAAGGCAUCCGUCUUUGCCGUCGACCAGAGGAUGUUCGAGAUGCCUUUCGUCAGGUCGCCGGAGAGAUUCCUGGCUCUCCGAUCUUCAUCAUGAAAAUGGUGGAUCAAGCGCGACACCUGGAAGUGCAGAUUGUUGCCGAUGAAUACGGGCACGCGAUAGCGCUAUAUGGGCGUGACUGCUCCGUGCAGAGACGGCAUCAAAAGAUCAUCGAGGAAGGGCCAGUUACGGCAACGCCACCGCAGGUUUGGAAAGAGCUCGAACAUGGAGCGGUGCGUCUUGCCAAAAUGGUCGGUUACGUAGGUGCCGGCACUGUUGAGUAUCUCUACGACGGUCGACGUUUCUAUUUCCUGGAACUGAAUCCGCGCUUGCAGGUGGAGCACCCAGUAACCGAGUGGAUCACUGGCGUGAACCUGCCUGCAGUCCAGCUGCAGAUUGCCAUGGGGAUUCCGCUCCAGCGUAUUGCAGCUAUCCAAGCACUUUACGGCAAUAGACCGGACCUGGAUCUCGAGCGACACCAGCCGAACCCGCCGCAUGGCCACGUAAUCGCCUGCCGCGUUACCGCAGAAAAUCCCGAGGAAGGAUUCCAGCCGACAAGCGGCUCCAUUCAGGAGCUUUCGUUUCGAAAUACGCCCAAUGUGUGGGGCUAUUUCAGCGUCGGCGCCUGGGGUGGUGUCCACGAGUACGCUGACUCGCAAUUCGGGCACCUUUUUGCCUGGGGUGCGGAUCGCGAGAUGGCCCGGAGGAAUAUGGUGCUGGCACUGAAAGAGCUCAGCAUCCGCGGAGAUAUCCGCACAACGGUGGAGUAUCUUAUUACGUUGCUGGAGCUCGAAUCGUAUCGCGAAAAUCGCAUCCAUACCCGUUGGCUGGACAACCUCAUUGCCUCCAAAGUGAAACCAGAGCGACCGCCGUUCCAUAUCGCUGUUGUGCUUGGUGCAGUCCAUCAGGCGUACAGAGCCUGGUCUGAGCGCCGGCGAUCUUUUGUUGAGUCGCUGAGUCGCGGUCAAGUGCCGCAGCGUAUUGACGCUACCUUCAUAGAAUUUCAGUUCGAGCUGAUCUACGAUGAGCUCAAGUACGCGCUCAUCGUCAGGCAAGCGGGUCCGAAUGCCUUCCACGUCUCCCUAGCACAGCAUCCCGAGGAACGGGUGCGUGUUGAUUUCCGACCUCUGCUGGACGGUGGUCUCUUGAUCAUGUGCGAUGGUCGCUCCUUCAAUACUCACUCCAAGGAGGAUUCCACUGGCAUGCGUCUGAGCAUCGACGGGCGAACCUGUGUGUUCCCAGGCGAAAUGGACCCUACGCGCAUUGCAGCACAGGCCUCGGGGCGUCUCGUCCGAUACCUGGUUGCCAACGAGGAACACGUCGAUCAGGGACAAGUCAUUGCGGAGAUUGAAGUCAUGAAAAUGUAUCUGAGCGUGCAGGCUCCCGAACCGGGCACCAUUCACUUGCUGAAACCAGCGGGAGCGGCCCUGGAGCCAGGCGAAGUUUUUGCGCAGCUCGAUCUCGACGAUCCGAGCAAAGUUCGACGGGUGACGCCAUUUACUGGGCGCUUUCCGACAAUGCUGCCUCCACAGCGACUGGGAAAGAAACCGCACCAGCGCUUUGAGAGCGCGAAACAGCAGAUCGAAGCGCUCCUGGACGGCUACGAUGUUGAUAUGGAGCCGCUCGGCAUGCUUCUGCAGCUGGCGAGCACCGAACCGGCAGUACCGGCCGGGAAACUGCAGGAGGCGCUCUCUUUCCUAGCCGGUCGUAUUCCGUCGACGUUGCAUGCCGCCCUUCUAGGACAAGUUUUCGAACUGCGUUCCGUUGCUCGUGAUGAUCACGAGCGCCUCCAACAGCAUUUCCGCGAAAUGAAGCGCAUGAUCAGCGAUUUCUGCGAGCAACUUGCCAUCGCAGCGGACCGCGAGGCGCUGGAGGCUACCCUGCGCCCCCUGACCAGUAUCCUGGAGGCGUAUGUUCGCGGGGGCCUUCGCGGCUACCACGAGCAUCUCGUUGUAUGCCUCAUGCAACGCUAUGUGAAUACGGAGAAGUAUUUUGCGCAAGGUCGGCGGCUCGAUGAGGUUCUAUUCGAUCUGCGCGAACAACACCGCGAGCACUUGGAAGUUGUUGCGGAUAUCAUGCUCGCACAUGCCCAGUUAGCGCGAAAGAACCAACUGAUGCUCGCUUUGCUCGAUCACAUAGCCGCGGAUGCAUCGCUUCUGCGCAGUGUCAUUGUCCGGCAGUGCCUUCACGAGGUGGCUGCGUUCAUCCACCCCGACUAUAGCCAACUGGCGCUGCGAGCAAGACUCUUGCUGGCGAGUUCUCGUCGCCGAGCGCUCCCCGAACGUCGAGAGCGCCUCUGCAAGCAGAUCGAACAGGCUGUACAUGCGCCCACUGAAGAACAAUGCUAUCGUCUGUUGCACGCGGUGGUCGAGUCCCAGGAAAGCAUCCUGGAUGCGCUGGUGAGCCUAACCAUGAACCCGGGGGUGCCGGUGGAGAUUCGCAAAGCCGCUGUCCAGUGCCAGAUCCUGCGGGCCUACAAAGCGUACCACGUGUACGAUCUGGUUGUCGAACUUGACGAGGAACUGGGUUUCCUGCGGGCGUUGUGGCGUUUCCAGUAUCGUUCAAACCUGAACGCUUUUGGUAGUCAUUCCAGUAUGCGGUCGUUUCCGGCGGCAUUGGUGGCGGCGUCGGCUCCGCUAGCCCGCCGGCAGCUGCGUAGCUACGACUCUGCGGACAAUUUGCAGAACUGGGGCUUUCGAGUCGGUAUGUUGGUCGUCUUUGAGACGCUGCGGGCGAUGGUGCAGGGUUUCGAUCGUGUGCUCCAGGUUUUUCGAGCGGAAACCGGCGGCGAAACGCUGGCUUCGCCUCGUACCAAGUCGAGCGCCGCAGUCGAUUCCAGUGCAGACUCCAGUGCUGAAGGUAUUGGUGUCAAUGUACUGACCAUCGCCAUUCCCUGGACGGCCGUGGAGGUCGCUGAUUUUGCGAAAUACCUGGGCGUUGCAGACGCGGACGACCGUCUGCAGGCAAGUAAUGCGAACGACUCGGAGCAGGUUGUCGCCCUGCUCACGCGUUUCUGUCGCUCUUCCGCGGAGCGCAAAGCCUCGAUGCGCGCUGCCGGUAUCAAACUUGUGACCUUUUUGGUGGCACCCGGUGAACUGUGCCAGCGCACGCUGGGCUCCAGUCUGCCUCGUGAAAGCACUUAUCCGGGUUUCUAUACGUUGCGGGCAUCGCUCGAGUACGCCGAGGAUCCCAUUUAUCGCCACAUUGAUCCACCAGCGGCUUUCCAGCUGGAGCUGAAUCGAUUGGCGAACUUUCGUAUCACCCGCUUUGAACAUCCGAACCGCUCCAUUCACGUCUUCUACGCGGAAGAUCGAACCGACAAGGGCGACGCUCGCUUCUUCGUGCGCGCUUUUGUACGGCAAGCGGAAGUCUACGCCAGUCCCAGCGAUACAGCAGCGGUUUCGAUCCCGGAAGCGGAGAGGACUUUUGUGGCCUGUCUGGAUGCCUUGGAAACCGCCCGUUGUGAUAGGCGCUUCCGACGAACGGACUUUAAUCAUCUCUUCUUGCACCUGAUUCCCCGGGUCUCCAUCGAUGUGGAUGACGUCGAGGCGAUCUGUACGCGCCUCUUUUAUCGGUUCUCCUCACGUUGCUGGCGUUUGCGCGUGUUCAUGGUAGAGAUCAAAGUCCAUGUGGAAAAAAUGGGCCCGAAACCGCUUCGAUUUAUUCUCUAUAAUCCAACCGGACACUCGUUACGCGUUGAAGGCUACGUGGAACAGGGAGAUCGUCUCCUGUCGUUGGAUUCCAGCGAUCCGGGUCAUUUACAUGGUACACCCGUCGAUGAGCCGUACCAGGUACUGAACCGUAUCCAGCGCCGGCGAGUUGUUGCCCAGACGCUCGAAACAACUUACGUCUACGAUUACCAGGAGCUUUUCACCAAAGCACUCCAUGAGCAGUGGCGGCGUUAUUCGCAGGAACGACUUUUGGGAGGAUUUCGCCGCCACAAGAUACCGCUGAAACUGCUGACCUGCACGGAGCUCGUUCUCCAGGAUGAAGAUCAUGACGAGAGCGAGCUGAUAGAGACCAACCGCCCCGCCGGGGAGAAUGAAAUCGGUAUGGUCGCCUGGCGCUACACCUUCUUCACGCCCGAGUAUCCCCAGGGUCGCGAUGCGAUCGUCAUUGCCAACGAUAUCACGUACCUGAGUGGAUCGUUUGGACCUCGAGAGGAUCGCCUCUUUGCCAAGGCGUCUCAGCAGGCGAGAAAGCUCGGUAUACCGCGCAUCUACAUCGCUGCGAAUAGCGGAGCCCGAAUCGGCCUCGCGGAAGAACUGCGCAACGUCUUCCAAGUUCAGUGGAAGGAUGCACAUGACCCGAGCCGAGGCUUCGACUACCUCUACCUGGGACUGGCGGAUAAGCUCAAGUACGAGGAUGAACUCGGCAUCGUGCGAACGCGAGACGUCGGCGGCGGCAAGUACGCUCUAGUUGAUAUCUAUGGCGCUGAGGAUGGCAUUGGUGUCGAGAACCUCAUGGGUUCAGCGUGCAUCGCUGCCGAGACCUCAGCCGCCUACAAUGACUGCUUCACCAUCACGUACGUCGCAGCGCGCUGUGUGGGGAUCGGUGCGUACCUCGUGCGCCUGGGGCAGCGCGUUAUCCAGCGCGAGCACAAUGCACCGAUCAUCCUCACUGGCUACUCAGCGCUGAAUAAGCUUCUGGGUCGCGAAGUCUACACCAGCCACGAACAGCUGGGCGGUACGAAGAUCAUGUAUCCGAACGGGGUUACCCAUCUGCGCGUAUCCAAUGACUACGAGGGUGUUCGGGCAAUUCUGGACUGGCUCGCUUUUGUGCCUCGUAUGCAAGGGGAACGACCUCCGAUGAUCGACUCCAUCGAUGCUGUGGUACGCGAAGUCGACUACGAUCCACGAGUGGCUAACGAGGAUAUUCGAUACGCCAUUGAAGGCAAGUGGGUCGGACCCUUCGCUCCCGACGGGGCAAGUGUGGUCUCGUCGUCGGGCUCGUCGGUGUCGUCCAAUGGUCCGGUUGCGACAGGUGCGAGCGCUGGACUGCCGCCCGUCAACAUGGAGAGUGUCGGCGGUGAAGUUCGGUAUCGUUCGCGGUCGCGGACGGCUUCGUAUGCGGGUGCGAAUGCAGCAACAGCAGCAGCACCAGGAGCAAGUAGCUUGGCGACCUCUGGAGCGGCACUUGCGAAUGCUACGGGACGAGCAGCGGCUCGGGUGAGCCUCGUAUCGACCAAGCCUGCAACCGGUGUCGAGGAGGUUCCCGCGGCGUUGCCUUCGGGUUCGAGUUCACUGGCGCUCCGCUCGACCGCUGUCGCUGCGCCUGUACCUCAGGAGAGAGCAAAGACGGAUGCGGAUGCGGAUGCGGAUGCGGAUGCGGAUGCCUUGGAGGCCACUGGAACUGCCCGAGGCGCAGAUACCAGCGGUGCUGGGGCGCACGCAAGCCCUGACACCCGGCAGCCGCCCACACUGGAUGCCCUGAAGACUGCGAGGUUUGCACCAGCGCCCGCUGCAUUGCCGACGACAGGUUUACGCUCGCCACCACAGUCCCCGGGUUCUGUUUCUGCGUAUAGCCCGUUGGAGAGUGGCUCUCCAUUGGAGCCGUCCCUUGACGAGGAUCACAUCGCUUUCACGGACACCGAUCGGAUGCGGAUCGGGUCGCCUUUGGUACACGCGACCGACGCCUGGGAUACGAGCAACAGCGUUCACUCGAGUAGCGCGACGACGAUGGCUGCAGGUGCCGUCCGGGGCUCGCGACUGUUCACUGCGUCAUCGAGUACGUCGGCGGCUGCGGGAGCAAGCGCCAGCAAUAGCAGCAACAACGGUAGCAGCAAUGCGAAUACGAAUACCAUGAACAAUGCUGGGAGUAGCGUGGCAUCGGCAGGCGCACCGCUCAACACCACCGGUAGCAUCAAUACCAAUACCAAUGCCAAUGCCAAUACCAACAAUAUCUUGGGUAGCGGUGGUGUUGGUGCGACAGCUUCGCUGACCGCUUGGAGCGGUAACCUUCCGCCGCUACCGUACGUUCCAAAUACGCUCAUGGUGGUGGACAACCAAGGGUACGUGUUCCUGGCAGGCCUCUUCGACCGUCACUCGUUUCGAGAGACGCUCGCUGGCUGGGCGAAGUCCGUUGUGGUUGGUAGAGCACGCCUUGGUGGUAUCCCCGUGGGCGUUAUUGCGACACAGACGGUGACCACAGAGAAGGUUAUUCCCCCGGAUCCAGCGGCGCCAGACUCGCGUGAGCUUCGUGAACAGCAGGCCGGUCAAGUCUGGUAUCCAGAUUCAUCCUUCAAGACUGCCCAAAGUAUUCGUGAUUUUGAUCGCGAGGGUUUGCCUCUGUUUGUUCUGGCCAGCUGGCGCGGUUUCUCUGGCGGAGCACACGACAUGUUCCAGGAAAUACUCAAGUUUGGUUCAGAGAUCGUUGACGCGCUUCGCGAGUACUCGAAACCCGUCUUUGUGUACAUACCACCGGGAGGCGAGCUUCGAGGCGGUGCCUGGGUCGUCCUCGAUACCGCCAUCAAUCCCCGCUUUAUCGAAAUGUACGCCGAUGAAAGUGCACGUGGUGGUGUGCUCGAACCUGCCGGUACCGUGGAUAUCAAGUUCCGCACCAGAGAUUUGCUGAAGACCAUGCAGCGCCUGCUACCAUCGUCUAGACGUGAUGAGAGCGAUUCGAGUGCGUCCGACGUUGUCGGCAUGCUGUCUUUGGACGCAUCAUCAUCAUCAGCAGCAGCAACAGCAGCAACAACAACAACAACAACAACAACAACAACAACAGCAGGUACCGCUGGGACGUCCUCUUCGACUGCUGGGCGUAGCGAGUCGCGGGUCACAAAGUCAACGGCGGACGGCUUGCCAGCCUUCGAGGCAGACGGUCGGAGUUCGCUCGAGCAAACACUCUUGCCCAUCUUUCAGCAGAUAGCCAUGACGUUUGCGGAUCUGCACGAUACAGCGGGUCGGAUGCAACAUAAGCGCGCGAUUCGCCGAGUGGUACCCUGGCGAACAAGUCGCACGUUUUUCUACUGGCGCCUUCGACGUCGGCUCGCCGAGGAGGAACUGCGGAGUCGCGUUUCACAAGCGGAUCCGCAACUCAGCGACGCGGAGAUCGAUGCGCUGCUGCGGAAAUGGGCAAGAGCACAUGACCCCGCUCUGGACGGUGAUAUUUACGAACUUGAUGAUCCUCGUGUCGUGCAAUGGCUCGAGGACGAAUUGGAUAGCCAGUUGGAGCGGCGUUUGCACAAACUCCGCGAAGCACGCGCCACCUGGCAAGCUGUGGAACUGGGGAAUACAGCACCCGAGGCGUUGCUUGCGGCAAUUGAGCGUAUUCUCGUACAAAUGGAUGAAGUUGGUCGCAACGAAUGGUUACGAACGCUUAGUGCGCGACUCGAGAACACCUCAUCCGGUUUGGGUGAUCUCGAGGCGCCCAGCUCGGGUGAGCAGGCCGCACCACGACGUGUCUUGUCGGGUCGUGGUCUGCUGCGACGCUUCCUCGGGUAG